AUGGAGUCUCAUGAAGAAGUUAAUGAGCUCAAGAAGGAUGAGGCCAAUCUAACUGAACUAAAGAAGUGUAUAGCUCUUCAAGUCAAUGAACCUGUAGGCAAUCUCUUCCACGAAUUGCUACAAAAACAGAGGCAAAUUGAAACUGAAUUUGAAAUCGAUUUAAAUCGAUCGAUUAUAGAAGAACAAGAAACUAAGAGUUUUAGAGAUGAAUUCGUACGAAUAUUCAACAAUCCAAACAAUGGAGACGAUGCAGAAGAAGCAAUUAACAAUGCAGAAGAAGCAAUUGAGAAUGCAGAAGAAGCAAUUGAUAAUGUAGAAAAUCAAGUGGUUCCUGAUACAAAUCCAAUUCAUGCUUCUGGUUUAGAUUUUAGAGGUUCAUUUCUUGGUGUGGUAAAAGAAACUUUUGAAGAAAUUUUGGAAUUGUAUAAAAAACAUGCUCCUAUGAUGGGGUUUUCAAUACGAAAACAUACAACUAGAUACAAGACACACAUAAAAAUAGUAACUGAGAAAAAUUAUGUGUGUUCUGCUGAAGGAAAGAGAAAUUCAGGUGACAAGAGAACAAAGUUAGUUGAAAUGGUUGAUGAAGAGGAUGUGAAUGUAAAAACAAGAAAGCCAAGACAAGUAGCCAUUACAAGAUCGAAUUGCAAGGCAUGCAUAAGAGCAAAAGUGAAUAAAGAAGGACAGUUUGAGUUAGUGGCUCAUGUUAUUCAGUAUAACCAUGAGCUAACAAGGUCACAGUGGCAUUAUUUGCAUCGUUCUGAAAGAAAAAUAACAGAAGAAAAAGCUGAAGCAAUAAAAACUAUGAAAUCUUCAAGUCUAACUACAAUGGACACUUACAAUUACAUGGCUAUAAAGGCUAGAGGAGAACAUAAUGUAGGUCAUAGUGUUGUAGAUCACCUGAAUUUCUACUCAAGGUUAAGAAUGGAACAAAUUGAGGCUGGAGAUGCUCAAACUUUAGUGAACAUUUUAAAUCAGGAACAAUCAGAGGAUCCAAACUUCUUUUUUAGAGUUAAGUUUGACAAGGAAGGAAGAAUUUCCAAUAUCUUUUAG